AUGGCAGAAAAUGCAACGUUAAGAGUGGAUAUCAUUGAUAGGAUAAAAAAUAUUUUGAACGAGCACAAUCCUUUUAUCCGUACUCUCCGACAUCUUGCUAACCGAGAUGACAUACAAGAAUGCAAGUUUGUCAUAAAAGAGCAACCUCCUAACCAACAUAAUUAUUCAAUGCCUUCAGCCUCUCAAGUUGCAGUAGUUGUUGUCGGAGGUGAUGAUAUUGCCAACCUAAAAAAAAGGGAUGUCAUGGUAGAGUCUUUCACUGCACGACUUGUGUCUAUCAAAGAGACUGCAGGCUAUUACGAUCCACUACAAUAUCCUCGAUUAUUUCCUUACGGCUCUUAUGGUUGGGAUUUAAACACCAGAUCUUUAACUGGCAAGAAGAUAACAUGCCGAGAAUUUAUUCGUAUAUGUUUCAGGGUUGGCCGCUUAACUCAACAAUUUGCUGUGGACAACUAUGUAAAGAUGCAAGUAUCCAAUUUGAGAUGGGUUGCACUCAACCAAGACACAAUUCGUGCAGAUUUGUACAAGGGACUAGAGGAUUUAUACAAUGCCGGAGAACACAAUACAAAAAAUGUUGGACGAAGAACUAUACUUCCAUCAUCAUUUGCUGGGAGUCCGCGAGAUAUGCAUCAACGAUACCAAGAUGCAAUAGCUUUGGUGCACAAAUUUGGCAAGCCAGACAUAUUCCUUACUAUGACGUGCAAUCCGUCGUGGUCAAAAAUAGUAGCAGAAUUACUACCUGGCCAACAACCUCAUGAUCGUCUAGACUUGCUAACAAGGGUAUUUCAUCCCAGACUCGAGGAGUUAAAAAAGGAUGUGUUAGAAAGGAAUGUUCUCGGGAAGAAUCCACGUUCACCAUGCAUGAAACAAGGGAGUUGUAAGAAGGGGUUUCCUAAGUCAUUCUCUAAUUGUACAAAGCAAGGAAAUGACUCAUAUCCCAUCUACCGUCAGCGUCAAGAUGCUCCACCUGUACCGUUACGUGAGAAUUCACAAGUAACUGUAGAUAAUCGAUGGGUAGUUCCAUAUAACCCGUGGUUGUUGAAUAAGUAUGAUUGUCACAUUAAUGUAGAGAUAUGCAGCAGCAUUAAGUGUGUCAAAUAUUUAUACAAAUACAUCCAUAAGGGUUCUGAUAGAGUUUCCAUGGAAGUUCAUAAAGGGGAUGAGAUUGCACAUUUCGUUGAUGCAAGAUGGAUUUGUGCACCUGAAGCUAUGUGGAAAUUUUACAAAUUUCCAAUGACUCGGAUGAACCCGUCGGUAGACCGUCUGCAAGUUGACUUGCCAAACAUGCACCAAGUUAGAUUCUAA